AUGCCUCAACAACCAAUGAAUCAAGCCUCUUCAUCACAACAACCUAGGCCACAAGCUCCACCAGACAGGCCUAAUGAAUUACAAGCUGCGUUAUUGAGUCUUACCAACACUCAAACUCAGUUCAUGACUGAGACCAGAUCCUCUAUCAGAAAUAUUGAAACACAAGUGGGGCAGUUGGUCAAUAUGCUGAAUAAUAGACCUCAGGGAAACUUGCCUAGUAACAUUGAAGUUAAUCCUAAGAAGCAAUGUCAAGCAAUUACUCUGAGGAGUGGUAAACAAAUUGAGCAUUCUAGUGUACAACAAUCAGUGGUUCAGAAUGAAGAUUUGGGUGAAAAGUCUGAUACAGUUGAGCAAGGGGUUACUGAAGAUCAUAAGAGCACAGAGAAGAUUCCUCCAAUUCCAAGUUAUGUAAAGUUCAUGAAAGAGAUUCUUUCUAAGAAAAGAAAUAUGGAAGGCUAUGAAACUGUGGCGCUCACUGAAGAAUGUAGUGCAAUAUUGCAAAGGAAGCUGCCCCAAAAGUUGAGAGAUCCGGGGAGCUUUACUAUACCUUGCACAAUUGGAAAAUUUGAGUGUAAGCAUGCCUUGUGUGAUUUGGGGGCGAGUAUUAAUUUGAUGCCCUUAUCUGUGUUCAGGAGACUUAGUUUGGGUGAAGCAAGACCAACAACAGUUACUCUACAGUUGGCAGAUCGGUUGGAGGAUGCAAACAUGCCUAUCAUUCUUGGAAGGCCAUUCCUAGCCACAGGCCAAGCUCUCAUUGAUGUUCAGAAGGGUGAAUUGAAGCUUUAG